AUGGCGGUCACCCCGCUCCACAUCGCCAGCGCCAUCCUCUCCGCCUCCCCCGCCCUCCUACUCCUCCGCUCCUCCAACGUUAACACCGACGCGGUCCGGCUCUGCCUGGGCGCCGCGCUCGACCGCCUCCCCGUCGUGACGACGAGUAAUGCCCACCACGUCGUCCCGGCGCCGUCCAACGCGUUCCGCGCCGCGCUUCGGCGGGCGCGCAGGCGCAGGCCGGGGCGCUGCAGCUCCGUACGAAUUGCGGGAUCUGCUGCGGGCGGCGGCAACGGCAAGCUGAUCGAGAGGCUUGCCGCCUCCGUCCUCGUCGACCCCAGCGUGGACCGCGCCGCCGUGGCCAGCUUAUCGUCGGUCGGCUUGCGGCGGCAGGCCUGCAGCAGGGCCGGCGUCGCAGACCACGCGGUGGUGUCCGUCUCGUUGGACACGACGACGGAUCAUCCUCCACAUCCGGUUGUCAAAGAGAUCAGUACGACUCUUGCAGUUGCAGGAGGACGGCAACUGCAGUCUCUUGGGAACUUCCGGCCACUCCAACCAGUACUCCCAGCAGACGGAAGUGAGAGUCAAGCUAGCCAAGCAAAAUCAGAAACAGCCGAGGACGUCGUCUCAACGCCAACAACCGCAACCGUUUCUCGGUGGCUCCGCCACUACCAUGACAGACUUCUCAGCAGACCAACACACCGCUGCAACCUUCAGAUGCAGGAAGCUUGCCGCAAGCCGAAAUUCACGGAGCUCACCGCGCAGAACCUCAAGCUCAUGUGCGGCGCGCUCGAGCUAUGCGUGCCGUGGCACAGGGCCAUCGUUCCCGGCAUAUCGGCCGCCGUGCUCCGGUGCCGGUCCGGCAUGACGAGGUGGGAGAGGGCGAAGCCAACCAGCUUCUUGUCGCCGAGGAUGAUGUCGACUUGGCUGCUCUUCGGAGGAAGGGACGACGAUGACAGCGGCAACUUGGUUGCCCGGGAGCUCGCGAGGCUCGUGUUCGGAUCCUACCGGGGGUUCACCGUCCUGCAGGUACCGGGUAACUCAUGUAUUAUUACUCCCAUGCACAGCUGCAAGCCAGUGGCGUAGCUAGGGGGGUUGUCGGGUUGUCGAUGAACCACU